AUAAAAUAGUAGACAUUGAUGGCACACUAUCAUAUUACAGACUUGUUUGACGAUUGAAGAGCUCUUUAAUGGCUACAUCUUACGUCCGGCUUCUGCUUCUUGUUCUCGCACCACUCCUCUUCUUACCGGCUUUGUACGCUGUUGAUUUUGGGUACUGCAAUAAAAAUGGAUACGAUUACGGUAACUUCAGUCGUGUAGAGAUCUCUCCGAACCCGGUUGGACCUGAAGACAACUACCUAAACAUUACUGUAUCUGGUUAUGCAAGCAAACAAUUGAACAAUGUAACUAUAGAAGUGUACGCUAAAUCAAAGAAAACUACUGACCUUCUAGGAGGAUACUCUAUCUGUAAGGUGGGUAAUGCAUGCGUAAUUAGAUCUGGCCUCUGUUUUAGUCCUGAAUGCCCUAUUGAAGCUGGCACCAAGUUUGUGUUACCUAUUCCCAAAGUUCAAGUGGAUGACCUUGAGGAUGACUUCAAAUAUGUCGUAUCUCUGCUUGAGGAUGAUCUCGUCAACUCUUCUGACUAUGAUGAAAAGUUUAUAUAAAGAAUGUGUGUUGACUUCGUUGUACCUAUGUCGGAUUCCACAUUGGACUCUGCUUAAUCAAGUCAGUGGGUGGAAAAUAUGUUAUCAAGCAUUUUUAUGAGUUUUUUUCGACAUACUCGCUUGUCUUCCCCCUUUCUUAAGUGUGUUUCCAAUAACUAAUACCGAGUUCUGGUACUUUAUGUUGUAAUUUUGGUUUGCUAAUACAAACAUUUCACUCCAAUGCACACUAGAUUAGAAAACAAUCGAACAAAAACAAAAUUGUAGACUCUACCUUUAGCUCGUUCAACCUAACAGCCUAUCACUUGAUAUCCACAAGUGUGUCAACCAAAAGUAAACAAAUUUAUAAAAUAACUCCUUUAUCAUGUGUUCCGACUAAAUAUAUUACUCAUGUAUGUAACUUAGUUCAAAAGAGUAUCUCGCAGAAUUUACUUUAAGCACUCUUUUAAUUUUUAUUUCAGUUGAACAUACUUUUCUCAUAUGACGAAACACGGUUCUAUUCUCAUGAGUUAUCAUGAUUUAAUAACUUUUCUUCCUAAAGCAGAGAAAACAACCAACGGUGCAUUGCACCAACGUCUUAACGUAUAAAACAAUACAACUAGAUUUAGACCAAAAACAAUACAACUAGAUCUCAAAUCAAUAUACCUAACAUUGAGGAAAUCUCGACCUUGUCCAUUUAAAAUAAAAAUUAAACUUACAAUGUAAAAAAAAUCAAUAAUAUAUUUCUCGCCGAGCAUACUACAAGAAGAAUAUGAAAGUUAAUAAAUAUGCUGGGAUAAUAAAAAUGAAUUGGUCGCUUUAAGCAGCUUUCUUGGCAGUGAA